AUGCCGUGCGGUGCCGCCGGGGCGCUGCUCCUGGCCGUGGCCUUGGGGCUCGGGGCGCCCGGGGCGCGGGGCGCGGUGGCCCUGGCCGACUUCUACCCGUUCGGCGCGGAGCACGGCGACGCUGUCACCCCGAAGCAGGACGACGGCGGCUCGGGGCUGCGGCCGCUCUCCGUGCCCUUCCCGUUCUUCGGCGCCGAACACUCCGGACUCUACGUGAACAACAAUGGGAUCAUCUCCUUCCUGAAGGAGGUUUCUCAGUUCACCCCAGUGGCCUUUCCCAUCGCCAAGGACCGCUGUGUGGUGGCGGCCUUCUGGGCGGAUGUGGACAACCGGCGUGCAGGGGAUGUGUACUACCGGGAGGCCACCGACCCAGCCAUGCUGCGCAGAGCCACGGACGAUGUCAGACGCUACUUCCCCGAGCUGCCGGACUUUUCUGCCACCUGGGUGUUCAUUGCCACCUGGAACCGCGUGACCUUCUUCGGAGGCAGCUCCUCCUCCCCCGUGAACACGUUCCAGAUUGUGCUUAUUACGGACGGCAAGUUCUCUUUCACCAUCUUCAACUACGAGUCCAUCACGUGGACCACAGGCACACACGCCAGCAGUGGGGGUGACGCCUCUGGCCUGGGGGGCAUCGCGGCCCAGGCCGGCUUCAACGCGGGAGAUGGGCGGCGCUACUUCAAUAUCCCAGGCUCGCGCACCUCGGAUAUGGCGGAGGUGGAGACCAGCACCAACGUGGGCGUGCCCGGGCGCUGGGCGUUCAGAAUCGAUGAUGCCCAGGUGCGCGUGGGGGGCUGCGCCCAUGCAACCUCUGUGUGCCUGGCUCUGCGCCCCUGCCUCAACGGUGGGAAGUGCAUUGACGACUGCGUCACGGGCAACCCCUCCUACACCUGCUCCUGCCUCUCCGGCUUCACAGGGAGGAGGUGCCAACUGGACGUGAAUGAGUGUGCUUCCCACCCCUGUCAGAAUGGAGGGACCUGCACACACGGCAUCAACAGCUUCAGCUGCCAGUGCCCAGCUGGCUUCGGGGGACCCACCUGUGAGACAGCACAAUCUCCAUGUGACACCAAAGGGUGUGUGAAUGGCGGCCGGUGCCAGGUGGUCAGCGGCUCCGCGGUGUGUGAGUGCCCAGGGGGCUACACGGGCAACACCUGUGAGACAGACGUGGACGAAUGCGGCUCCAGCCCCUGCCUGAACGGAGCCUCAUGUGUCGACCUUGUGGGGAACUUCACCUGUCUGUGCACAGGGCCCUUCGAGGGACCACGCUGCGAGGCAGGAAUCCAGCCAGUGCCUGACCCAUGCCUCUCGGCCCCUUGCCAGAACGGGGGCACCUGUGUCGACGCAGAUGAGGGCUACGUGUGCGAGUGCCCCGAAGGCUUCAUGGGCCUCGACUGCAGGGACAGAACCCCUGAUGACUGUGAGUGCCGAAAUGGCGGCAGAUGUCUCGCGGGCAAUACUACCCUCUGCCAGUGCCCCCUGGGCUUCUUUGGGCUCCUCUGCGAAUUUGAAGUCACAGCCACGCCCUGCAACAUGAACACCCAGUGCCCCGAUGGCGGCUACUGCAUGGAGUACAGCGGGAGCUACCUGUGCGUCUGCCACACUGACCACAACAUCAGCCACUCACUGCCCUCACCCUGUGACUCCGACCCUUGCUUCAACGGAGGCUCCUGUGAGGCCCAGGACGACUCCUACACAUGCGAGUGUCCACGUGGGUUCCAUGGCAGGCACUGUGAGAAAGUCCGGCCACGCCUGUGCAGCUCAGGCCCCUGCCGGAACGGGGGCACCUGCAAGGAAGCAGGCGGCGAGUACCAUUGCAACUGCCCUUACCGCUUCACCGGGAGGCACUGUGAGAUCGGGAAGCCAGACUCCUGCGCCUCCGGCCCCUGUCACAAUGGUGGCACCUGCUUCCACUACAUCGGCAAAUACAAGUGUGACUGUCCCCCAGGCUUCUCUGGGCGGCACUGUGAGAUAGCCCCCUCCCCCUGCUCCCGGAGCCCCUGUGUGAAUGGGGGUACCUGCGAGGACCUGGGCACAGAUUUCUCCUGCCGCUGCCAAGCUGGCUACACAGGACGCCGGUGCCAGGCGGAAAUUGAUGAGUGCAGAUCCCAGCCAUGCCUGCACGGGGGCUCCUGCCAGGAUCGAGUCGCCGGGUACCUGUGUGUCUGCAGCCCAGGGCAUGAAGGAGCCCACUGUGAGCUAGACACAGAUGAGUGCCAGGCACAGCCCUGCAGAAACGGAGGCUCCUGUAGGGACCUCCCAGGAGCCUUUGUGUGCCAGUGCCCCGCAGGCUUCACUGGAGUCCACUGCGAGACAGAGGUGGAUGCCUGCGACUCCAGCCCCUGCCAGCAUGGAGGCCAGUGCAAGAACGGUGGCGGGGCCUACCUGUGUGUCUGCCCAGAGGGUUUCUUCGGCUAUCACUGUGAGACAGUGAGUGAUCCCUGUUUCUCCAGCCCCUGUGGGGGUCGUGGCUACUGCCUGGCCAGCAAUGGGUCCCACAGCUGUACCUGCAAAGUGGGCUACACAGGCAAGGACUGUGCCAAAGAGCUCUUCCCACCAACGGCCCUCAAGGUGGACCAAGUGGAGGAAAGUGGGGUCACCAUCUCCUGGCACCCCCCCGAAGGCCAGGCCGCCAGGCAGAUGCUGGAUGGGUAUGCGGUCACCUACGCCUCCGCUGACGGCUCCUUCCGCCGCACCGACUUCGUGGACCAGAGCCGCUCCUCCCACCAGCUCCGAGCCCUGGGGGCCGGCAGGGCCUACAACAUCUCCAUCUUCUCCGUCAAGCGCCACGCUAACAAUAGGAAUGACAUCAGCAGGCCCCUGGUGCUGCUUACCCGCACGCGCCCCCGCCCUGUCGAAGGCCUUGAGGUCACCAAUGUGACGGCCAGCGCCAUCUCCGUGCGGUGGGCUCUACAUAGGAUACGACAUGCCACUGUCAGCAGUGUCCGUGUGUCCAUCCGCCAUCCUGAGGCCCGAGAGGACCAGUCCACCGAUGUGGACAAAAGUGUGGACACGUUCACGUUCAGUACCCUACUUCCUGGAAGGAGGUACACCGUCCAAGUGACCGCCCUCAGUGGGCUCGGGGCACUGGAGCGCCCUACUGAGAGCGUGGCCUCCGCUCCAUUGCACGUGUGGACCCGGCCUCUGCCGCCAGCAAACCUGACUGCCACCCGAGUCACGGCCACCUCUGCCCAUGUGGUCUGGGAUGCACCCACUCCAGGCACCUCAUUGGAAGCAUACAUCAUCAAUGUGACCACCAGCCAGAGCACCAAGAGCCGCUACGUCCCCAAUGGGAGGCUGGUGUCCUACACGAUACGGGACCUGGUGCCCGGGCGGCGGUACCAGCUCUCAGUGACAGCCGUGCAGAGCACAGAGGGUGACCAGCUGCACAGCGAGCCUGCUCACCUCUACAUCAUCACCUCCCCAAGGGAUGGCGCCAACAGACGCUGGCACCGAGAAGGACUCCCCCCACGGGUGCUCAGAAACAGACCAGUCCCAGCGCGCCUGCCGGAGCUGCGUCUACUCAAUGACCGCGGGGCCCUCGAAAUGCCAACACAGGACCCCAGGUUCUCGGAGCUCGUAGACGGCAGAGGACGAGUGAGUGCCAAGUUCAGUGGCUCACCUGGCAAGUCGGUCACGGUGAGAUCACAACCCACAGCUCUGGUGCAACUCGAGGACACUCCUCAGCAGGUCAGCCUGGCCCUGCAGCACCCCAAACAUGAUGGCGACAAGGAUGUGGGAAACACCCCUGGAAACUGCACAGAAAACCCCUGUCAGAACGGAGGCACCUGCGUGCCAGGCGUGGAUGCCCACAGCUGUGACUGCAGCCCAGGGUUCAAGGGCAGGCGCUGUGAGCUCGCCUGUAAAAAGCAGCCCCAGCCCUGCACACGCCUGUUCUCGGAGACAAAGUCCCUGCCAGUCUGGGAAGGAGGUGUCUGUCACCACGUGUAUAAACGAGUCUACAAGGUACACCAGGAUAUCUGCUUCAAAGAGAGCUGUGAGAGCACAAGCAUCAAGAAAACCCCAAGCAGGAAACGAAGUAACAGUGCAACACUGAAAACAGCGUAG